GAUCUAUCUUCUUCCCCGACGGAGGACGGCGAGGACGGCCGUCUCUGGCUCUCGGCGUCUCCUCUACUUCACGUCUUCACCUGCUCGACGGCCCGACGCGACGCAGGCAUCUGUUGUUCUGUUAGUCAGCCACGGCUUCACCUUCAUCCACUCGAACUGAAGGAUCGAGAACAGCUGCUGCUUUACCUCCAAGGUGGUCCAAUGGCUUCAGGUGCAUCUGGUAUCAUGUUCCGGCGUCUUUUCAAAACCCUCACUGUAAGCCCAGCAGUGGCAUCUGGUAUAACCAGCCAGCAUCACCAGCUCCAGCAGCGCGCACAUGUGAGUGGCACAUCCAAAGGCAAGGCUAAGCUCAAAGCCGGCAUGCCUUUGAAGCGUAAUGUCAUAGCUAAGAAGGGGGGCACGUCUUCAGCUGGGAGCGGUGGCUCUGGCCGUGGUCGUCGUGAGGCUAUUGAGCGUAUUACUCAGAUUGCAGAGUCUUGUCUGAAGUCCCCUACUCCUCUACGGCACCUGUCCCCCAAGGAGCGUCUUCGUGAGGCCAAACGUGAGGAGCUUGGACUCAUCUCAAAGGAACGACAACGUGAGCUUGAUGCAGCUAAGGCUAAAGCCAAGUCCAAAGGUACCAGUGGAGGUGAAGAUGGCCGUGUGCUGAUGGGUCCGCCGGGCCUUGACUAUAUCAGUCUUGGCUUGGUUGAUGAGGAGGCCAUCCCUGAUUAUGAGCUGACAGUUGAAGAUGGCCGCCGUCUUGCCAAAGAAUAUAGCCGUGUCCUCAUGCGUCGACAUCGUGCACGUCAAACUGCAGAAUCGACGCUUUUGAGGCUCAAGAAGGAGGCCAUUGCUGCUCUCCCUGAGAAGCUGCAAGCUGCUGCUUUGAUUCCUGACAUGACACCGUUCCCCGCAAACCGGUACAUGGCAACACUCACGCCACCAAUUGAAGGGUAUAUUGAGAAGGUGCGGGACGCUGCCAAGAAGUAUUCUGUGAAGGAGAAGCUCCGCUGAGUUUGAUUCAAGGGAGUAAAAUGUCUCCAUAUAAGGUGCUGAGAGUUGAGGACACUUUUCUUUUGCUGCACUCUUGGCCUGUCUAAAUUUGUUGUCUUUUUGCUAUUUUGGCCUCUGAUAAUCAGCUUCUGGUAAUAAACAGCCACAAGUAUGCUUUGUAAGACCUUGCCAUGUUAUUCUGACUGAACUUUUCUGCUUCA